AUGCCUGCACUACCCCGACAUUCCGCCGGCGGUGCAGGUUCGGCGCUGUCUCCGCCCAAGUUAAUUCACAUGUACGAUGAGUUUAUUACCAAGAACUCGGGUCAGGUGUCGCAGAUUGAGUCGGCGCUUCGUUCAUUGACGUACAUCAUCCCCGGCCGCUUUCGUGACGCAGAAAUUGCAUCGGAAACGUUGCACUCUGGUGUGCAGCUUCUAUCUCUCUAUCAUGACAACCUGCUUUCGCGCGCCGCCUCUACGAUAUCGCGCGGCCCAGGCAUCAAACGCCCGCCCUCCCCGCACACGCGAUACACGCGAUACUGGACGCAGCGAAGCGGAUUAUACCGGCGGAUUGCGCUCCUGUUGCAAAUGGUGCGAUACACAGAACUGCUGGUCGAGAUGGCGGCAAACAGGAGGGGUGGGGAGAACGGACGGUGGAGAGUUGUGGUGCUUCUCGAAUUCAUCAAGGCCGUGUGCCGGCUUUUGCUCCUGCGUAUCACGAGCUCGCGUCCAAUUUUGUCGCCCAGCACGUCGGCGACCUCGCCUUCCUCAGUAGCGUCAUCGACCAAGUCGGCACAUGAAAGGGAGUGGGUCAUGCCGCGGACAGGCAUGUCUCUGCCCUCGCUCCCCACAGCGUCGGACAUCACAUCAUACCUCCUUUCAAGAGUGCUCACCCCGGAUGACAUCAAGCCCGCUACCAAGCUCCUCAACCAGCUACGCGGCUCGGGCCAGGCUGCGGAGGUGCUCCAUAUAUUAGCGCCGCUAGUAUACGCCACGUGCCUCGCCCUCUCCAAGGCAUCGUCGCCAGAGGCGAGAAGACGGGCAUGGGGCCCUUGGCUAGCGGGCUUCGCUGUCGAGUACGCGGCGAGGCAACUCCGCGAUAAAGGCCUGCGGACAACGGCGCUAGAGAGAGAUGAAUGGCGCAGGAGGGGUUGGUCAAUGGGCUGGUGGGCUAUGAGGGGACCCUUUUACGAGUCCGUGGUUAAAGGUGUAGUUGAAGGCGUUAGGAAGAGGGUACCGGGCGUCAUCGGUGGCAUCCUUGAAGAUUAUGAGUACCUCUGGGAGAACUACUACUUCAGCACUAGUGACUAG